AUGCAAAACGUCAACUCCCCAGGUGAAAAUCGCCAUGCAGAAGUUACUGCUCAUGAGACAGCCGUAAAUGCCUCGAACCUUGGUCAGCCACACAGUGUCAAAGGAAAUAGGUCUACCCAUGCGGUUAUCAGCUUACCAGAUGCUCAGACAGCCGAGGAGAAGUCGGGCUUCUUUGCGUCAAUUCGCAGGCAGCCGAAGGUCUUCGGAUGGUGUAUGGACUUUGGGCGUCCAUACGCUGGAGACUAUGUCUUAAGCGCCGGCUGGCAGGCUGCAUUCCUAGGAGGGCCGCGCGCAAGCUGCGUCAUCGCAACUCUGUUCUCAGGGUACACACUGGAGGUUACGGCCGAGACCAACGAACACUUCUUUGCUGGCAAAAUCAUUAAUGGAAUGACCCUUGGAGUCAUCAUUGCUUUCACCAUCAACCUUGGACCACUCAUCGCUGCUGUCAUCAUUGAAGACACACAGCACCUGAACAGCAGAUGGGCUUAUAGAACCGUUUUCAUGGCUCAAUUUGGGUUCGGCGGCCUUGCUGCUCUCUUUAUAUGUUUCAUGCCUGAGUCGCCCGUCUGGCUGAUCAACAUUGGCAACGAAGAGAAAGCCCGGCACUCACUUCGUCGACUCGGAUAUUCGGAGAUAGAGGCCACGAAGAUGGUGCAUAAAACCCAGUACGAGCUGGAGAAAACGAAGAGUGAGACCGAGGGAGCAUCUUAUGUCGAGUGCUUUCGUAAAUCCAACUUUCGCCGGACCAUCAUCUCUAUCAUGCCAAUUGCCAUACAAGCGCUCAGUGGCGUGUUUUUUGUCACCUACUACAGCACAUAUUACAUGCAGCUGGCCGGCUUCAGCGACGAAGCCAGCUUCCAGUUAAUGGUCGUGCAGUAUGUUCUUUGCAUGGUGGGCAAUAUGUGCUCAUGGGUUCUGGUUGACAGAGUCGGCCGCAGAACCCUGACAAUUUGGGGGCUCUUCUUUCUCACCAUCGUCUUGAUGCUAUGUGGAGGGCUAGGAGUGUACGGAACUCCUGCUGCAAUCAGGGGCACGGUUGCCAUGUUCCUGCUGUACAAUCUUGUCUUCAACGUCACCAUCGGUGCCACGGCGUACACGCUUCUCUGCGAGGUUGCUACAUCGCGACUUCGAGGUCACACAAUCUCUUUAGGGAUUGCUACGCAGCAUUUGAUCUACGUGAUGUGGGCAUUCACACUCCCACUGCUGUUCAACCCAGAUAAAGCAAAUCUCGACAGCCAGAGAGAGGAAGAGUAA